UAUCAGCCCGCGAAGGCUGGUCCGAGCCCUGCAGGGACGCAUGAUGAAGAUAGCAUCUAGAUCUCGCUGCUAGUCCCAGCACUGUAGACGUGGAGCUGGAUGCCGUGUGGAGGUUUCAGAGUGAUGCAACCGCGGCCGCGAGCCUGCUUAGCGACCCACAAUGUCAUCAAUUUGCCAGCCUUAUUGUCGCUGUGAUGACGCUGAGCAAAUAGUCGUGAUGAUUUAUGCGCACGACCUAUAUUCGCGAAGCAAACUGUAAAAGUGAAUACGGCUUUGAUUCAGUAUCAGAGCAUUACGGCCAACGGUAAACGACGUCCACCGCGGCGGCUAGCUGCCGCCACUUUGUGGAAUGCUAUGAAACCAGGGUGCGGGGGCGCCGCGCAUGAAGAAGUUCGUGCGCACGCGCGGCUCCCGCCCGCAGUCGCCGCAGCCGCCGCCGCUGCCCGCGCUCGCCAAGACCAAUGGACACGCCAACGGGGUGGGCGGCGCUCGACGCGACGACCAGCACUCCACGCUCUCCAGAUACUGGAGCGGGUCGGAGGAGUGCGGGGCGGGCGCGGGGGUGCGCGCGGGCGCGGGCCCCCCGCUGUGGGAGGACCCCGACUUCCCGCCGGCGCGCGCGCUGCCCGACAAGCGCCGCGCCGCCGCCGUGCAGUGGCGGAGGCCUUACGAGCUAUGUGCCAAUCCAACAUUCUUCGGGGAGGAGGUCGCGGGCGAGGCGGAGGCGGAGAGCGCGGCGGGCGCGGCCGGGGCGGGCUGCCAGGACGAGAUCGGCGCAGACAGAUGGCGCGUAGAAGCGGAUGGCGCGGGAGUGCUGAGCUGCGGCGCUCUGUGGCGCGCGUGCGCCGCUCUGUGCGGCACGCCGCGCCUGCUCGCGCGCGUCGCGCCGCCGCAGUCCUUCCGCGUCGGCUACUGCGGUCUCUUUCGGUUCCGAUUUUGGGUGUGGAGCGAGUGGCGCGAGGUGCGCGUGGACGACCGGCUGCCGACGCGCGCGGGCCGCCUGCUGGGGAGCCGCGCCGUCGCGCGCGCAGACUUCACGCUGCCUUUGUUGGAAAAAGCUUAUGCCAAGCUGUACGGGUCGUACCCGGCGGUGCGCGACGCGGCGCUGUGGCAGGCGCUGCAGGACGCCAGCGGCGGCGUGGUGCAGAGCUUCCCGCUGCAGCCGCCCGCCGCGCUCACCUUCCACGUGCUCAACUCCGCCGUGCCGCGCUCCACGCUGCUCGUCGCCACCGCCGCCCACCAGCCCAAGCACACUCCGCGGCUGGGCCUGAUCGGCGGACACCCGUACUGCGUGUCGGGCUUGGCUCGCGUGCGGGCGGAGGCGGAGGCGGAGGCGGGCGCGGAGGCGGGCGCGCUCGUGCGGCUGCGCGCGGCGGCGGGCGGCGCGUGGCGCGGCGCGUGGGGCCCGCCCAGCGCCGAGCUGGCCGCGCUCGCCGCCGCCGACCGCGACCUGCUGGCGGCCGGCCCCGACGAGUUCUGGUCGGCACACACGAUGUCGUUCGCGGAGUUCAGCGCCCGGUUCGCGCGCCUCGAGCUGGUGCACGUGGGGCCGGACGACUGGCUGCGCGAGCCCGCGCUGCGCACGCGCCGCCCGUGGCGCGCGGUGCUGGCGCGGCGGCGCUGGCGGCGCGGCUACAACGCCGGCGGCCCGUCCGACGCGCCCACCGCGCGCGCCAACCCGCACUUCCACGUGCAGGUGACGGGGUCGCGCAAGUGCCACGUGGUGGUGGCGGUGUCGCAGCAGUACUGGCCGGAGCGCGCGCGGCGGCUGCACGCCGUCGGGUUCGCCGUGUACGAGCUGCCGCCGGGCGCCGCGCCGCGCGACCGCGCGCGCGCGCCGCUCGACGUCACGCACGAGUGCCGCGCCAGAGAGGUGGCGACGUUCUUCACUCUGCCGGCGGGGCGCUACGUGGUGGUGCCGCACACGCGGCCGGCGCACACGGACGCCGCCUUCCUGCUGCGGAUCCUCACGGACGAGAGCUCCGCCGUGUGGGAGCUCAACGACGACAACGCGCUGCUGCGCGACCUGUGGCGCGAGGUCUCCGUCGACCCCGCCGCUGUGCCGCCCGAGGUGCGCCACGUCGCCGACAAGAUGCUGGCCAGCCUCAAACCUGACCAGCGGGAGAGCAUAGACGCGGAGCAGCUGCGCGCGCUGCUGCGGCGCCACUGGCGCGCGCUGCUGCCGGCGCGGCCCUCGCGCGAGCUGUGCCGCGCGCUGGUGGCGCUGCGCGACGCGGCGCUGAGCGGGCGGCUGCCGGCGCACGAGCUGCCCGCGCUGGCCGCGCUGCUGGCGUACUGGCGGCCGGCACUAACGCGCGGGCGCGCGUGCGGCGGGGCGGUGUCCGCGUACGGCACGCGCGCGCUGCUGCGGGCGGCGGGCGUGGCGGCCAGCAACAAGGUGGUGGAGUGCGUGGUGCUGCGGUUCGCGCGCGGCCUGCGCCUGCCGCCCGACGCCGCGCUGCUGGCGCUCGCGCGGCUGCACCUCGCGCACGAGCGUUACCGGAGCCUGGAUACCAAGAUGAAGUCUAACCCAUUAUCUUUGGAAGAGAUGAUCCUGAUGACAAUCUACUCAUAGUCAGCGCCAGGGGUGCCGCCGCCUCCGCCGCUAGUUACUAUUUGUAUACUUCAUUGUUAUUUCUUCGUAACAAGAGGAUUUAGGCUUAGUUAUUGCAGCAGAGACGCUUUGGCCGCGUGGCACACAGAUGUAAACCAGUCUGCGGCCGCUACUCUGCUGGCGCUGUCAAUAUUUAUCCUUUCCAGUAUUUAUUCCACAAUCAACUAAAGACAUCUACCAAAGAUUUCAACGGAUGGCUGAUAGUCUACAGUACAAAUGCUAUAUAUUUAUAACAAAACAAUCUAUUUAUGAAACGUUUCCUCAUUUGUUUAUCAUGUAUUGUGAAUGUUGUGAUAUAAUUUAAGGUAGUUGUUAAAUAAUUGUGUUCUUACUAUAUCUAAAAUAUAUAACUUAGAUAUAUGUAUAAAAGUCGCUUUAUCAUAGGAAGUUUAUAACUUAUUCCUAGAUAAGUAAUAUUAGAGAAAUAUGUAGAAUAUCUUAACAUUUUUACGAAUUCAAAAGUAUUUCAUCUCUGUGUGACAAAAUAUUUUAACUCCAUCACCGUAUUAUAAAUAAAGAUUGAUUUGUAAAAAUGUUUAUUUUGUGUCUAAAGAACGUUAAACAAUUUGUGCAAUU